UUCCAUUAUUAAAACCACUUGGAAUAUGGAACUACUGCCACGUACACCUUAGCAAAAUAGAAGUAUGUGAAUCUAAAAUACGCCACACAGGACUAACUAGCAUUCUCUACCUCUCACAUUUUCAAACACAAUCUUUUUCAUUAUUUUAUUUUAUUUUUUCUUUCUGAAAACAAAAAGGGAGAAAAAAAAAUAUUUCCAGAAGCUUUGGAUGGCACUACGCGCCACAUCAUCUUCUUCUUCUUCCUCCUCUGUAAAACUCGGGCCCAUUUCGUACCCGCGCAGAAACCCUAGGACUUCUCUCAGCUUUAACCAUGUCUUAUUGGGUUUAUCUUCUUCCGAAUCCUCGAGGUCUUCUUCGCUUCGUGUUUCGGCCAAUUCGAAACCCAGAGCCCGUUUCGGUGCUCGACGGACCGAGUCCGUUCCGGUUCAACAGCUCGAACGGCCUCUAAGUGAGUAUAUGAGUUUACCGGCGAGCCAGUACUCGGUUUUAGAUGCUGAGAGAAUAGAAAGAGUGGAUGACAACACUUUCAGGUGUUAUGUGUAUAGAAUCAAAUUCUUUUCCUUUGAGGUUUGCCCCGUUCUGCUUGUUAGAGUAGAAGAACAGCCUAAAGGGUGCUCCAUUAAGCUCCUGUCUUGCAAGCUCGAAGGCUCGCCAAUGGUGGUUGCUCAGAAUGACAAAUUUGAUGCUUUCAUGGAGAAUAUAGUAUCAUGUGAUAGUAACCAAGGAAAAGACUUGUCGGUGCAACGACUCACUUCAGAGGCUAUCAUUGAGGUUAGCAUUGAGGUUCCUUUUGCAUUUCUUCCAGUGCAAGCCAUUGAAUCAACUGGGUCUCAAGUCCUUGAUCAAGUUCUAAAGAUCAUGCUUCCUCGCUUUAUGGCACAGCUUGUAAAAGAUUAUCAGGCAUGGGCUUCUGGUGAUACCUCAAGGCAGCCUUUAGGAACAGGUGAGAUUUAACACAAGGAAUAUCACUAGGCCUCUUAGACAUGCCAUUUAAAAUGUUUAGUAUCAAAUUAUUUGUUGCAGCAUGUCUCGUCCCGUGUGUACAAGUACAUACUCGUAGUAUUUUUUAUUUAUUUAUUUUAUUAUCCAAGUAGAUAAAAUUCAGGAGAUUAUACUAAAUUAUUACUGUAUCCAAUUCAAGGUUUGGUUUGGGAUAAUUUUUAUUUUUUAAUCUACAUUUUUUUCUGAA